UAAUGUUCAGUUUAGAUUGUGGAUUUCUUUUCUUAUUGCCUUAUCUCCAAACAGCUGCUGUCCAUGCUGAGUUUCAUUAUGACCAAGAUCCAGGCUUCUUAGAAAUCACAUGACUACAAAAUCUUUUCUUUUUUUAUUUCAGUGUCAGUAAAUGCUGGGGGUUUGUAAUAUUCGGUAAAAACUCAAUUCACUGAAGCGGAGAAAUAGUUCAACACAGUCUUAGUUAGGGAUCAUGUCAUAUCAACACAGAAAGUUGAUCAGCUCUCUGGUUUCUGUGAUUUUUGUUUUUCUUGUAGUGAAUGCGCAGAGACCCACAUGCCUCAUUGCUGCUCCAAAUACAAUUCAUCUGGGAGUAGAGGAGACUGUUAGUGUGCAGCUCCAUGGAGCGACAAGAGCAACCAGUAUGGAGCUGUACUUUAAGAAACAGGUUCUUGGAUCAAUCGUCUCUGAAAAGAAAUCUAUAACCCUGAAUGAAGGCAAUCAAUACCAGGCAGUGGUAAACCUUAAGGUUGACCCUAGCCUGUAUGGAAGUGAAGGAAAAGAAACACAUGUCCAGCUUGUAGCUGAUAGCGAGGAUGUAUUUGUAAAUAAAACCAAAAUGGCCAACAUUUUUGUGUCUUCAAAAAGAGGUUAUAUAUUCAUCCAAACAGACAAGCCGAUUUAUAAUCCAGGAGAAAACGUCAAAUAUAGAAUCUUCACACUUGACAACUUCAUGCUUCCCAUUGACGAUGAAAUCUAUGUUCAAAUAACUAACUGCAAAGGCUUGAUUGUUCACAAUCAUAUUAUGGUUUCUAAACAAAUCCUGGAAAAAAGCAUCACCAUUCCAGACAUGGAGGUGGCAGGCCACUGGAAAAUCAUUGUGAUGUUUCAAAAAUUCCCUGAAUCUGAAACAACGUUAGAAUUUGAAGUCAAGGAAUACGUUUUGCCCUUAUUUGAGGUUAAGAUUGAGGCACAACAGCCGUAUCAUAUUUUAAGGAGUGAGUCCUUUCCAUUUACCAUCUCUGCAAGAUACACUUAUGGGAAGGGGGUCAACGGCCUGGCAUACAUUAGAUUUGGACUUCUUGAUGAUAAAGGAAACAGGACGUAUCUGCCAGGCACUGAGAAACAGACAGAAGUUGUAAAUGGCAUUGCACAAACAGCAGUACUCACUGAGGAGUUACAGAAGGCAGCAGAAAUGAACAACAUAAACCACAUAGAGAACCAUUAUCUUUACAUUGCAGUUACAGUUUUGGAAAAAGCCAGUGGAAAUCUGGAAGAAGCUGAGAGCUCUUCUGUGAAGAUCGUAAUUUCACCUUAUGUCAUUGAUCUGUCAAAGACCAAGAAAUAUUUCACCCCAGGUGGCAUAUUUUCUAUUGUGGCUACUUCUACUUAUCCAAAUGGCAACAGAGUCCCUUUCCUGACAUUCAAAGCCACUGUUCAAGUGAAAACAGAAGGAUCAGCGGACCAAAUUCUGAAUGAGGAGGGUUUGGGAAAUGACAUGGGAGAUAUAGCCUUGUCGUUUCAAAUACCACCACUGGCCAAAACUUUAUUAAUUGCGGUGUUUGCUGAGGGGAGCGACCAGGAUGUCAUUCGUAGUGAUGCAAAGAUGACUGUCAAUGCAGUUAUGGCUGACAAAGGCAGAUAUCUUAGUUUAGAAGUGGAGCAUCAGAUUCUACAGCCUGGUCAAGAUUUGAAAGUCACGUUGCGGGACAUUACACCACAAAAAGAAGCAAGACCCACUUUCAUUUAUUUGAUGAUUUUAAGUAAGGGCAGAACUUUGCGGGUGGAAAGGGUGCAGAGAACUGAAAACACAAAUGUGAUGGUGCGUUUCAGUGAGGAUCUGGUGCCCGCCUUUCGCCUCAUUGCCUAUUAUUUUACAGAAGAUAAAAAAGUAGUUGCUGAUUCUGUGUGGGUCGAUGUGAAAGAUGUCUGCAAAGGAAAGGUUGAAAUUCUUUCAUUUUCUGAAAUGAAACCUGCAAGCGCGUUUGAUGUGCUGGUUAAAAUGGAUCCAAAUAGUAGAGUGGCUCUCAAUGCAGUGGACUCAGCAGUUUACAUUCUGAACAAGAACAAAUUAAGCCCACAAAAGAUGUUUGAGUACAUGAACUCUUAUGAUCUGGCCUGCUCUGUAGGAGGGGGAGAGGACUCGAGUGCAGUUCUGCAGAGAGCUGGCCUUACUUUCAUUUGUAACUGUGAACUUCCAACCCCAAGAGCCACAGAACAUAAAUGUGUCUCUAAACGGCGCAACAGACGAGACAAUGUUGCAGAAUACAAUGCGCUUGUCAACAGCUACAAGAACCAGGAUAGAAAAUGCUGUUUUGAUGGUAUAAAGCCAAGCAAAAUGCAGAAGACCUGCGAUGAACGUCUGAAAAACGUCGGAGGGUCAGCGAGUUGCCGUGCUGCUUUCGCAAAGUGCUGCAAAGCUGCAGAUGAGAGGAGAAAGAGAGAGAGAUUACAGAGGCGUAAAAGCAGCUUUGGAAGAGCCAUUGAAGACUCACUGGAGGAAACUGUGAUUAAUGUGGACUCUAUCUACCUGCGUAGUUAUUUCCCACAGUCAUGGAUGUGGAUACUCGCCGACUCAGACGAUGCUGGAAAUGUCAGACAUCGUGCUGUUGUUCCUGAUUCCAUAACUACAUGGGAAGUCCAAGCUGUGGGCAUCUCUUCCAGAAAAGGAUUCUGCAUUGCAGAGCCAAAGCCCCUAAGGGUCUUUCAGGACUUUUUUGUGUCUGUUACCCUUCCUUACUCUGUUAAAAGAAACGAACAGCUCCAGGUCAAAGCUGUAGUGUACAAUUACAAGCCAGAGGGUUUAAAGGUAAAAGUGAGGAUGGAUAGAGCAGAGGGUCUGUGUACAGUUGGCGGGAGCGAUGUCGAACAGGAGGUUACGGUUCAAGGUAACUCAGCUUUUGCCGUCUAUUUCACUGUGGUUCCACUGGUUAUUGGAAACAUCCCCAUCACUGUGCUGGCCUACGGCUCGCCCACCGCCCAAGACCGGGUGAAAAAAGAGCUCCGUGUGGAGGAAGAAGGGCAAAUCGUUUCUGUGGACAAGGAGUUUAACAUUAAUCCAAAAAUCAGGAAAUUAGAAAUUGAUAUCCCAAUCCCUGCUGAUAAGAUCCCCAACGGGCAGGACUCCAUCUCUGUUGGAUUUAAAGGUGGGGUGAUGAGCAAGUCAGCAUAUAACUGUCUAAACCUGGAAGGUAUUAACAAACUCAUUAAGCUGCCUAAAGGAUGUGCAGAACAGACUAUGGUAUUGAUGUCUCCUGCUAUUCAUGCCAUAAGAUACCUGGAUGCCACCAACCAAUGGAUAUCACUAGAUGCUGAACGAAGGGAUGAGGCCAAAUCAAUGAUCGAGACUGGCUACCGCACAGUCCUCACCUUUAAAAAACCUAAUGGAUCUUAUGGAGCAUUUCUGUCGACUCCUAGCAGUAUUUGGCUUACUGCAUUUAUUGCCAAAGAGCUGAUGGAGGCCCGGAAAAUUAUCAGUGUGAGCGACUCUUAUAUUAAGGAGGCCAUGUCCUAUCUGAUCUCUAAACAGAAGAACAACGGGGCAUGGGAUGACCCUAAUCCUCUGUAUGACAGAGGAAUGAAGGGAGGAGUUGGAAAGGCAAAAGAUGACGUCCCUUUAACUGCCUUUGUACUUCUAUCAAUGUAUCGCGCCUCAAAAAUGUACGAGCUGGGAACAGACACAGAACUGAGAAUGGCAAUGGAAAAGGCAAAAUCUUAUCUAGAGGAGAAGGUGGAUGUCUUGCAGAGCCCAUAUGCGGUUGCUAUCACAGCUUAUGUUAUGUCCCUCCAAAAACCGUUAACAGAUGAAGCCCAACGUGUCCAGCAACAACUGAAAGCGGCAGCCAACUGUGCCAACUCAAAGUGUUUCUGGAACAUCGAGGGUGGAAAUUCAAAAGGCCAGGCUGAUGCGGAGGCUGUGGAGACCACAGCAUAUGGCCUACUGAAUGCACUGUCUGUCGAUGACAAAGAGAUGGCUAAACAAAUCGCUAACUGGCUAACAGAGCAACGCGGGUAUGGUGGUGGAUUUCGAUCAACACAGGAUACAGUUGUGGCACUUGAGGCUCUUGCGAAAUUCAGCAUGCAGAAAAAUGACGUAGAAGACCUUAAUCUGCGGGUUGAAAUGUGCCUUGAAAAUGGUCAAAAGCAGGACAUCCACUUGACAAGACAAAAUGCGAUUAUCCACGAAGCUGUUCAGAUCAGAAAUUUUGGUAAAAUUACCAUAAAUGUUGCAGGAACAGGACGUGGAACUUUAGGAAUCACGCAGAUAUACAGAUCUAUGAAGAAGGAAGAAUCACACUGUGAUCUUUUACACCUUAGUGUAUCCGUGAAAGGAGAGCUGCAAUAUAGAGAGAAGGACUAUGAACCAAGCUUUGAUGAUUAUUACAAUUAUGAAACUGAUGAAAACCUGCAUAGGGACGAGCCCAUGAGCAGCAUGGAGUGGUUUGAUCUUCGCAGCCGCAAAAAACGUCAAGUUUCCGAAGAACCGCAUAAAGAUGGUAAACUCUCAUACGAAGUGUGUGUUGGGGUGAAAAAUAACAGUUCUGUUGGUAUGGUCAACGUGGACAUCACACUUCUGAGCGGUGUGGUACCAAACAUAGAAGAUCUGGAAGAUAUUAUGAAGGGAACAGAGAAGUAUAUUGAUCGCUAUGAUGUUUACCAAAAUAAAGUCUUUCUAUAUUUUCAAAAGAUCACUGAAGCAAAGACCUGCUUUUCGUUUGGUGCUGAACAGAUUGUUCCCAUGGGCCUCGUCCAACCCGCUCCUGCUGUCAUCUAUGAGUAUUACAGCCCAGCGAAGAGAUGCGGUAUAUUCUACACAGCCCCUCAGAAGAGCUCAAUGAUAUCCAAACUGUGCAAUGGAGAUUUGUGCACAUGUGCAGAAGGUGGCUGUCCAAAGUUGAAGGUGACCUUCAGCAGGAACAUAGAUCAAAACACUCGGAGUGAUUUUGCAUGUUACUCUCCCGUCGUCGAUUACGUUUACGUGAUCAUACUUCUCAACUCAAGCACAGAUGGUGUAUUUACAUACUACACUACAGUAAUAACUGAUGUUCUUCAAACUGGGAGGGACUCUGGCAUCCAAAAGGAUGCUUCACGUCAAAUGGUGCUGCGCUCGGCCUGUGACGAUUUUACACUGAGAAACGAUGCGAGUUAUCUGCUUAUGGGCCAAAAUGAAGACAUCAUUGCUCUGAAUAGCGCAGGAACACAGUUCAGGUAUAUGUUAAACAGUGACAUGUGGAUUGAGGAGAUACCAGAGGAGAAGAAAUGCAGAGGAACCUUGAGUCGCUCCGCCUGCCACCUGCUGAACAAAUUCAUGCAACAACACCCCAUAAAACGCUGUGAUAUUUAAAACAAUAACCAUGAAUGAGAUCAGUAUGUGGGUUGGUAAAUCGUGUGCUUUUAUUUCUAGUGCAUACUGACAUAUAAAGAAAGUUACAGUUGGAUACAUCACAAUCUGGAAUAUUUCCAUUUGGAUUUUAAUCGGGAAUUGUAAUAUUGGUAAUACAGCAGAUUCACUUUAUAUUACAUUACAAUAAUCCUAGAAAUUAUGUCAUUAAAAUAAACAACCAUCUUCUACUGCCCGUAUUAUAAUUUUAUACUCUUUUAGGGCAGUUUUAGAGAUGAUACAAUUCUGAUACAUACAUUUUAGGAUAUACUGUAUUGAUGGCUUAAACAACAUCUGCUUUCCAUCGCUUGUUCGCAUUUGUUCAGAAUAAGUACAGAAGUUUAAUCAGAUUAUAAAUGGUUUAACUCCAAAUAAAAUAUAAAUGCUGA